CCAGGACUUAGUGAGUCGCCGGCCGACGCGAGCGUCGCACGUCAUGGACUUCACCGGCAAAGUAGUCAUCGUCACUGGCGCCAGUUCGGGUAUCGGUGCAGCAUCCGCCAUACUCUUCGCGAAGUGCGGCGCCAAACUGACCCUAGUGGGCAGAAACGAACAGAGGCUCAAAGAAGUUGCUAAAAAAUGCCACGCAGCGAAAGGAAACCAGCCUUUGAGCUUAGUGCUAGAUUUAACGCAGAAAGGCAGCUGCGACGCCGUGGUGGCGAGGACUGUGGUCGCCUUCCAGAAGAUCAACGUGCUGGUCAACUGCGCUGGUAAGGUCACCAUCGGCUCGCUGUUCGACGACAACAUAAACGCUUUAGAUGAGAUGAUAGAUAUCAAUCUUCGGGUACCGUACCAGCUCACGCAUUUGGCUGUUCCGUACUUGAAGCAGAGCAAAGGGAACGUUGUCAACCUGACCGCAACCAAAUACACUAGAGUAAGGCAUGGUUUCCUUGGCUAUUCUAUCGCCAAAGCCGGCCUGGAGAAGUUCACGAAGAACGCGGCAAUAGAACUGGCCACUGAAGGUAUUAGGGUCAAUUCAGUUCAACCUGGCUUGACCAGGACUAACAUAUUGUCAAAUCUGGCGAUGAGUGAAGAGGACAGGAGAGGGGCAUACGAGCGGCUGUCGAAUGAGAUGAAGGUCAUCGAACCCGAGGAGGUGGCAAAGAUGGUCGUGUUUGUAGCGAGCGACACGUGUCCGAAUUUGACCGGGGCGCAAAUGUCCAUCGACGGUGCUACUUCUGUGAUGUGAAAGGACUGUUUAACAGAAGAGAUAGAGAUGAAAUUAGUGGACCAAAAGUAUUUAAGGUGGUAGCUCAAGGUCCAUUUUCAUACAUUUUGUUUCGGCUUUAAUCUGGGUAACUAAACAAGUAUUGGCAAGUAAAGAAUUUAAA